AUGGCGAGCCCAUCCGCCCAUCACGGGCCUACCUCCCUCGCGGAGCUAGAGACAUCAGAUCAAGAUCGGCACGGUUCAUCCGUGGAUGCAGAUUCGAUGGAGAAUACUGAUCAGCUGCCCGCCUCGACGGGCUGCCCCUGGCAGACAAGCGAGUUUCACGACGGAGAGUGCUCCCGCUACUUCGAUUGCCCGGGUCAUCAAAUCGCAAGAGGAACGUCGACGGACGGAGACGGAAACGAUCACGAAAGGCCAGAGGGUAGCUCCGGUACGGUACAAGAGCGUCGGGACUCCCAACCUUCGAUCAGCUCUGGAAAUGUUGUCGAUGGUCCCGCGGCAGACGACAACGAAACGAGGACAAGAUCACAUGGCGAGCAGAACCCGAACGAGCUUCCAGAGUCGUCCCGGACCGCCUCGGCCGCCGAGGGAGCAGUUCGUGCGACUGGCAGCCAGGCGCACAGCACAUUUUCCCUGCCUAUUCGAACCUCCUCGAUGGUCAGUACGACGAACACCGCCGUGACCGCCUCCCAACAACGUGCAACUCCACCCUCGCCCGAUCAUGUCCCGCGCUCAACCAGCGGCUACAGGGAAGCUUGGCAGAGUGACGGAAGGGCGGGUUCCUAUGGCUUCGAGGACGACUCCGAUACCAGGAGGCGAGGGAGCGGAUCGCGAGCCCCGCGUGACCGGACACCGGACGCACCCGUCCCUCGCCGACAUCGACCGCGCAACGACGGACAAGAGUCCCCAGAGUUUGUGCUCCCUAGAUGGCAGCCUGACGCAGAGGUCACGUAUUGUCCCAUCUGUCAUACUCAGUUUAGCUUCUUCGUGCGCAAGAAGUGUGGACGGGUGGUGUGCAACUCGUGCUCCCCACACCGCAUUAUCAUACCUCAUCAGUACAUCGUUCGGCCUCCCGGGUCGGACAUUGCAAUGCCUCCGAGCCUACUACUGGACGGCCUCGGGGCAGGAUAUUUUGACGUGAAUGGGCCUUCUGGGGGAGAACGGGUCCGGUUGUGCAACCCUUGCGUACCGGACCCAAACACGGCGCCGCCACAGAGCCCGACAUCCUCGGCUGGUGCCUCGCCGCGCUCUUCCCACCAGCGUUCUCGGAGCACUAUGGGCGGUACGUACGCCGGCCCACCCGCCAGCAAUAGGUACGGAACGGUCUUUGCCAGUGGCCGCAGUGGCGACGUCCACCAGUAUUACUCUCCGCGCACGAGGAGCAUCACAAUGGUAAGGGUUCGUGGGCCCCACGGAGGAAGCGCUGGUUCAUCCAGUCAUCAUCGCCCCAGCGUGAUUUAUCCAACUCCGCUUGAUCGCCUACUCGCCGUUGGCCCAUCUAGCACGCCCUCAGGCUCGCGACGACACCGCCAUAGCUCGUUCGGUGAGGGCCCGUCUUCAUCCCGUCAAAGGGCGCUGCCUCCGCCUCCUCAAAUUGCGGAGGAGGACGAGUGUCCCAUCUGUCACCGCGAGUUGCCGUCCCGGGAGCUGCCGGACUUCGAAGAGCUGCGAGAGUCUCACAUUACUAUGUGCAUCCAAGCGCACAGCACGUACGGCAGCCCGAUGCCCCGAGACGGAGACGACGAGGAGGCGCCCCUACCGGCACCACGGCGGACCGGGAUGUACUCGUACGCGGCGACAGAGAAAGACUGCAUUGAUGACGCCGAGUGCACGAUUUGUCUGGAAGAGUUUACGGUGGGCGUGGCAAUGGCCCGUCUGGAGUGUCUCUGUCGCUUCCACCGAGCAUGCAUAUCGGCGUGGUUUGUGAACCACCCGGGGCGGUGUCCCGUGCACCAACACGACGGCUUCGGGUUCUAG